AUGCUCCGUCUUGCUCAUUCCAGCCGUGGUAAAAAACUAGCCUUCUUAUCUUCUUCCUCCUCCUCGUCCUCAACUGCUGCUUUUGCUGCCAUGUCUCACAUGGGCUCCAGAUUCUUUCCCAAACCCGCCACAGCUUCCGUACCUCUCUUCCCACCUCUUCCUUCUCAAUUUUUUUCCAAUACAAACCUAUGCCGCGCUGGAAAGCGCUUGCUCCCAGUGCUUUGUUCAAAACCCAUCUCUAGAAACCACUCUCGUUCCGUCUACAUCAAUGGGCAUGCGACUCUUCCUGUUUCCCCUCCAGGUAAUAUAUCGGUGGGCGGGGGAUGGAAAAGCGACGCUCUGCGGCAACAAUUGACGGAGUGUGGAAUCGAAAUGGAUAACUUAGCCCCCGGUCAGUACAAUGGCUUAUGGUGUCCAAAGUGCCAAGGUGGUGAUUCCGGAGAGAAGUCGUUCUCUAUUCUCAUAGAAGCUGAUGGUACGAGAGCAUCAUGGAUAUGUCAUAGGGCGAAAUGUGGAUGGACUGGAGGAACCAAACAUGCUACCAGCUCAACCUCUAAAAACCCAGUUCAACAACGUACUCGCCAAAAGAAAGCAAGAGAAAUUACAGAGGAGAGUCUGCAGUUGGAACCACUAUGCAGUGAGCUUGUUGGUUACUUCAAAGAACGGGACAUAUCUCGUGAAACUUUGUUGAGAAAUCGUGUUAUGCAGAAGGCUCAUGGCAAUCAGAUUGUUAUUGCAUUUACUUACGGAAGAAACGGGAUGCUUGUAAGCUGCAAGUAUCGAGACAUUAACAAGAAAUUUUGGCAGGAAAAGGAUACCGAAAAGAUAUUCUACGGGCUGGAUGACAUAAAGGGAGCUGAUGAUAUUAUCAUUGUUGAAGGUGAAAUGGACAAGCUUGCUAUGGAAGAGGCUGGAUUCCGUAAUUGUGUGAGUGUUCCUGAUGGAGCACCUCCACUGGUUUCGCCCAAGGAUUUGCCACCCGAAUCCCAGGACACAAAGUAUCAGUAUCUUUGGAAUUGCAAAGAGUAUCUGAAGCAGGCAUCUCGCAUCAUACUUGCUACCGAUGGAGACCCUCCUGGUCAAGCAUUGGCAGAAGAGCUUGCACGGCGUCUUGGAAGAGAAAGAUGCUGGCGAGUCAAAUGGCCAAGGAAAAAUGCAGAUAGUUAUUGCAAAGAUGCAAAUGAGGUGCUAAUGUAUUUGGGUCCUCAAGCACUGAAGGAUGCAAUUGAUGAUGCGGAACUAUAUCCCAUCAAAGGAUUAUUCCUCUUCAGAGACUUCUUUGAUGAAAUCGACUCGUAUUAUCAUCAAACUCAAGGAUACCAGUUUGGUGUCUCAACAGGAUGGACGUCUUUGGAUGGGCUGUACAGUGUUUUACCAGGAGAGUUGACGAUAGUAAGUGGGGUUCCGAAUUCUGGCAAGAGUGAAUGGAUUGAUGCUCUUUUAUGCAACCUUAAUAGAAGUGCUGAUUGGAAAUUUGCUCUUUGCUCUAUGGAGAACAAUGUUCGAGACCAUGCUAGGAAGCUGAUGGAGAAAUAUGUUAGAAAGCCGUUUUUUGAUGCUCCCUAUGGAGAAUCUGCUGAACGCAUUGAUGUCAUGGAGUAUGAGCGAGGGAAGCAGUGGUUAAAUGAUACAUUCCAUCUCAUAAGAUGUGAAGAUGAUGCACUUCCAAGCAUAAGAUGGGUACUUAGUCUUGCAAAAGCAGCAGUGCUUAGAUAUGGUGUCCGUGGACUUGUAAUUGAUCCUUACAAUGAACUUGAUCAUCAGCGUCCACCUAACAUGACCGAAACAGAGUAUGUGAGUCAGAUGCUGACUCUGGUAAAAAGAUUUGCUCAACAUCAUUCGUGUCAUGUGUGGUUCGUUGCGCAUCCGAGACAGUUGCACAACUGGAUAGGUGGCCCGCCUAAUAUGUAUGAUAUAAGCGGGAGUGCCCAUUUCAUAAACAAAUGUGAUAAUGGGAUAAUUAUUCAUCGCAACAGAAAUCCCGAGGCUGGGGAUAUUGAUCAAGUCCAGAUUUGUGUUCGGAAGGUUCGAAACAAGGUUGUGGGUACCAUAGGCGACGCGUACUUGUCAUAUAACAGGGUGACUGGUGAGUUCAGGGAUACCGAAGUUGAUCAUCGUAGAAGAUGA